ACACAUUAUUUAUUAAAAUUAAAGUUUGUAUCCGUGAGAAACGGAACAAAAGUUUGAAUAAUAGUAGAAAACAGAAGGAGAAACGCUCCAAAAGAGAGUUUUCUUUAAUAUCUGUAUCAAAUUUGGCAGCGAAAGCGGGAAAUUGGCGAUCUAGCUCCGUUAACGCGAGCUUCAGUAGCUCCGUCCGAGAGCCCCAACAAUGGGGAUGAUAGAAGAUGUUCAAUUGAUUGGGUUGCAGAUAUCGCCGGCCGGUCCCAAUGGGACUAAUUCUUCUGUACCUGCACCUACCCCCGGGAAGGAGCAGCAGGCCGCCGGCGUCGGAAUCCUUCUUCAGAUCAUGAUGUUGGUUCUCUCCUUCGUCCUUGGUCAUGUCCUUCGUCGUCACAAGUUUUAUUAUCUUCCCGAAGCGAGUGCUUCCCUUUUGAUAGGUUUAAUUGUUGGCGUACUUGCUAACGUUUCAAACACUGAAAAUAAUAUCAGGGCUUGGUUCAAUUUUCAUGAGGAAUUUUUCUUCUUGUUCCUCUUACCUCCAAUCAUAUUUCAAUCAGGGUUCAGUCUUUCACCAAAACCUUUCUUCUCAAAUUUUGGAGCCAUUGUCACGUUUGCUAUCUUAGGAACUUUCAUAUCUUCAAUUGUCACUGGUGUUCUAGUUUACCUUGGUGGUCUGGUGUUCCUCAUGUACAGGCUUCCAUUUGUGGAGUGUCUGAUGUUUGGUGCUCUUAUAUCAGCUACUGAUCCCGUUACGGUUUUGUCCAUAUUUCAGGAACUUGGGACAGAUAUGAACCUAUAUGCCUUGGUUUUUGGAGAAUCUGUUCUGAAUGAUGCCAUGGCAAUUUCAUUGUACAGAACUAUGGCCAUGGUAAAAAGUAAUGCAACGUCUGGAGAAAACUUCCUCAUGGUGAUUCUGAGGUUUCUUGAGACAUUUGUUGGAUCAUUGUCUGCAGGCGUUGGUGUUGGAUUUAUUUCUGCUUUGCUUUUUAAGUAUGCAGGGUUGGACAUUGAAAAUCUGCAGAACUUGGAGUGCUGUCUUUUUGUUCUUUUUCCAUAUUUCUCGUAUAUGCUUGCAGAAGGUCUUGGUCUCUCUGGUAUCGUGUCAAUAUUAUUCACAGGAAUUGUCAUGAAGCAUUACACGUACUCUAAUUUAUCAGAAAAUUCCCAACGAUUUGUAUCUGCCUUUUUCCAUUUGAUAUCAUCACUAGCAGAGACAUUUGUGUUUAUAUACAUGGGUUUUGAUAUUGCCAUGGAACAGCAUAGCUGGUCACACGUCGGAUUCAUUUUUUUCUCGAUUAUAUUUAUUGUAAUUGCAAGGGCGGCAAAUGUUUUCUCAUGUGGAUAUUUGGUCAAUUUGGUUAGACCUGCGAAUAGAAAAAUACCAUUGAAACAUCAGAAGGCCCUUUGGUACAGUGGACUUCGAGGGGCUAUGGCUUUUGCUCUUGCUUUGCAAUCUGUUCAUGAUCUUCCGGAUGGACAUGGGCAGACUAUAUUUACUGCAACCACUGCCAUAGUUGUUUUGACGGUAUUACUGAUUGGAGGCUCAACUGGCACCAUGCUUGAAGCUUUACAAGUUGUUGGUGAUGACCAUGAUGGUCCAUUGGGUGAAAGUUUUGAAGAAAGUCAUGGGUAUAUUGUCCCAUCUACUCGGAGUUUUGAUGGGAACCAUGGGUAUCAUGCUCCUUCUUAUGAUGAAGAAGAGGAGGCAUCCUCUGGGAGCAAGCUAAAGAUGAAACUCAAGGAGCUUCACAAGAGCACAACAUCGUUUACAGCAUUGGAUCGCAACUACCUUACCCCAUUCUUCACGAGUCAAAAUGGAGAUGAAGAUCACGAUGAGCCCAUGCCUAGUUCUAGAAGUAGAAAAUCGGGUUAUCAUUGACAUCUUUUUCUUGUUCUGGUCACAAGGAGUUUGUGGCUCAGCGGUGUCUUUAAAUAUAAACCAAAGAAAGUGGUUAAUGUGUCGUUAUCAUGAGGAGGAGCACUAAGAAGUAGUUCAUGAUCUCUCUAAGAAAGUGGUUGUUGUCUUCUAUUUUUUUGGGUAACUCUGUUCAUUAACAAUCGUAUAGUUGCACCUAAAUUCUUUUCUUUGAUGAAGAGUCUUUGUUAGUGUUUUGAUCAAAAUAACCCUCAUUUUGGUGGCCCUGUUGGAGGUGGACUGGACUACGUUUAGUGGAGAUGGACCCUCAGUUGAUUUCUCCAGUGUACCUAAGAUGCUCGAGUCUCUAAUAAGGGGUGUAAAGCCCAUUUAGACGGAGAUUUUUGGGCCUGGUCCGCUUGGAGCUAAUGUUCAUCUAACUUGAAGCCUAAUACAAAUCUGACUUUUCUGUAAACCGCUCUGGAAUAUUUGUGUUUAGUAGUUAAUCUGCUGCUUGAACUUGGAACAUUAAUACAAGGUACUAGAUAGGCAUAAGCACAGUAGCUAGAGCCAACAAAUUUUUACGGACAUCUUAUUUUUUUGUUUAUACAUAUUAUUAUUACUGUUUCAAAUGUA